GCUAAACUUGAAGGCUGGCUACCUAACAAUCUACAAAUCGUUCUAUAAAGAGAAGGGCCUUGAGGCAUUGGGUUCUCUUAACUCUUAAUAACCUGAUCGAUAGGGGGGACUCUGGGAAUAGCUCCGACCCCUCUGACUGGUAUAGAAAUCAUCAUCUCUCACUCGUUAUAGUCUCUACGUUCUGCCCUAAAUUUGGGUUUUCCCAAUCUCUUUUGUAACGGUUGUGGUAUCGAGAGAUCUGAUUCUCUUCUUCGUCGGCUCCGAUAUUGCAUUUGUUACAAAAAAGGAAAAAAAAAAAAAAAUGGGUCUCCUCCACAAGCUGUGGGAUGACACGCUCGCCGGUCCUGCCCCUGAAACGGGCCUCAGCAAGCUACGCAGAUAUCACUCCUUCUCACCUUCAUCGUCUUCUUCUUCUUCUUCUUCUUCUUCUUCUUCUUCUUCACCUUCAACACCAAGAUUCUCUCCGACCACCAUCAACUCCCACGUGGACGGCGUCCCCAUAUCUCGAAGCAUCACCGUUCUCAGGACCGCUACUUCCCGCAACAACUCAUCUGGGGAUUCAAACUCCAAUAUUCCCUCUUCCCCUGCCGCCUCCAGUUCCUCUGGUUCUCCUUUCUCACCUGCUAGGUCCAAAGGAGAGAUGAAGAGGUUGACGAGUAGGAAAUCAACAUUGGAAGCCCUCGAACGCGUCGAGCCCAGAAGCCCCACUGUAUAUGACUGGGUGGUGAUAACUGCACUGGAUCGGUGAGAGACUGAAACGGUGAUUUUGAUCAAAUAAUUUUGGAAGCUUUUGGUUUGUACAUACUAUGAAUCUCUGGGCUCUGUCCAUAAUAUUAUGAGAGACUAUUACUAUUAAUUAUGAUACUUCACGACUGGUGGAAUGAAAAGGGAGUAGAAACGUUGUAAUUCUGGAAGAUUGGUAGUUAUCUCAUUCGUUUUCUUUCCCCCAUCUCCUCCUCCUCUUCUGAGGGUUUCGCACUUUCUGUGUGAGAGAUGAGAUCUUGUACAUUAUUAUUAGGCUUAUUAUUAUCUGCAUACGACCUCCAAUGCGUUUGGAGAGUUGGUGUAUUUUCCCUUUUCUUUUCCCUUUUUUUUACUUUUGCAUGGAGUGGAGUGGACUGUGGAGGAUGUUUUGGGGUCAUUUUCUCUUGGCCUUGUCAACGCAUCCAUAUCUGCUUCUUAUUAAUGUAAUUUGUUAAUGAAAUUAAAAUUUUGGUUU